GUUGAUAUUUCGUACGUAAACUUGUUCAUAAAUUUCCAAAAGGGUGACUUAACUAAGUUGAAAAUUCUAAAUUUUGUAGAUUGUUUCUAUACAAAUUUCACAAAAUGGGGUUGAAGAAUUAGAGAGGCUGCUGUAUGUACACUGUACACUGUUAAUAAUGAAAAGACCAUUUGGUUUACUGACCUUUCCUCUUCAUAAGAAAUUGAACUUUCCUUUUUCUUAUGAAGCUCUGUAGACAAAGCUGGAAUAUUUGUGUACCUGAAUAAAUUAAACGGAAAAGGGCCAGAUAUACCCCUGUACUAUCGAAAAAGGGUCAAAUGUACCCCUCGUUAUACUUUGAGCCAAAUAUACUCAUAUCGUUAUACUUUGGGAACAUAUAUACUCAAGGCUUCUUCUAGCUUGAGUUUUCAUAGAAGAAACCUUGAACAAACUGCAAGCUAUUUAUCUGGUUAGAAGAUGGAGUUUAUGCAUAGAAGGAAAGUAGAUAUAUCCCUAUUGUUAGUUGCUGUCCUCCUUAUCCUUAACUUCACUCAUCUUGAAGGAUUAUCAGCCGGACCAGAAAGAAGAUUAGUUGAAUUAGAUUAUGCUUCAGAAGCCAAGCAAUCCGAUGAUACAGUGAGAAUAGAUCCUCUGGACAAUUUCAAGAAAUACAGAGGAGGAUUUGACAUUACAAAUAAACAUUAUUGGAGCUCCACCAUUUUUACAGGUAUAUAUGGCUAUGCCAUUGCAGUGCUAUGGCUCUUGUGUGGCUUAGGAUAUGGACUAUUUCCCUGCUAUAAAAGGAAACACAGGCAGUUUCAGAAGAGAUCAACUUGUUAUAAACACUGUUAUAUCUGGCUUACUCUCUCAGCUAUUUUCUUGACAAUUUUAGCUAUAACAGCUACAGGCCUGGUACUAGGAGGCAGUGCAAAACUUCGUUCAAGAGCAGAUACAGUAGUGGACAUUAUAAUUGAUACAGCAGAUGGAGCAUCAGAUACUAUACAUACUACUACUGGAGCCUUCAGAGAGAUGAGCAUUGACUUAGCAGUUACUGAUAUAGGUGAUGAGGCUGCUAAUUUCCUCAUUCCCACCUCUAAUAGUCUUGACAGACAGGCUGCUGAUAUACAUAGGGAAGCCAUGAAGAAUAAGCAUUUAAUUGAGAAAGGCCUCGAGACAUUGUAUGUAGUAACUAUACUGGUUAUUUCACUCAACUUGGUUGCUGUAAUUGCCCUAACAGUAUUUGGAAUCCUCAAAUUUCGGAGAUCUUUUCACCUGCUGAUUGCAGUGUGUUGGAUCUUUAUGAUUCUGUGCUGGUUACUUUUUGGGAUCUAUUUCUUCAUUGACAGCUUUGCUGGAGACACAUGCACUGCUCUAGAAAGUUUCCAGAUAAAUCCCUACAACAACAGCUUGAGUUCAAUCCUUCCCUGUGAUGAAUUACUCUCUGCAGAAUCAAUCCUAUAUGAAGUCAGUGAAGGGAUUCAUCGAGUAGUGAACACGGUAAAUCAAGAGCUAUCUACACAUUAUGCAAAUGUUGCACAGAUAUGCAAUCCAUUCUCUGGUCCACCAGAGUAUAACUACGAGCCUGAUCAGAACUGUCCAUCUAGCGCAAUCAGGAUAGGAGACCUCCCUCAGAUAAUCAAGAUAUUGGCUUGCACUGAUACAAACUGCAAAGGUGGAGUCUUGAUCUCUCGUAGAGACUUCAAUAACAUCGAGGCAUACACAACUGCUCUUAAAAAGAUACUGAAUGUAUACCCCGGAAUGGAAAGUCUAGCAGAAUGUAACACAUUGUAUGAUUCGUUCUCCGAUAUCCUUGAAAAACAUUGCGAACCAUUAAAGAAAAACGUGCGUAUGACAUGGGGAGGACUUGUUUUCCUAUCAGUAGUAACGGUCGCAUUAGUCCUCGUGUGGACAUUCGAUGCACACCAUGAACAGAAUCAUCAUCAUCGCGACUUUGAUAGUUCUGUCAAGCCUCAUUCUUCUGCAGCAGUAGAUAUGCUCGAAUUAGGCACAGUUAAAGAAGACAAGGCUGAUACUAAUCCUGGUUUAGUAAGGUAAAUAGCAGCUAAUUAGGUAUUAGCUUGGAGAAUUGUACAGAUUGAUAAGAUUGUAAGGACUAGAAUAGUAAAUAUAGGAGAUCAAAGGGAUCUCUAUAGCCAUAUAGGAGAUUCUAUAUUCUAAGUUAAAACAAGCCAGUUUUGGGGACAAACCCCUAUGGCAUGUAUGAAAUUCAAAGAAGUAAGAGAUUUAUCUAUUUAUCAAUUUUUUUCGAGAACUACGUGUUCAAGUAUUGUCAAUUGUAGUAAAGCACUAAAUAUUUCUUUUUC